AUGCAAGGUACCUCUGAGCAAAUUUCAGACAAAAAAAUACCAGAAAUGAAUAUUCAACUACCACCACUUUCAGAAAUCAAAACUUUCGAGCUAAUAGAAAAAACUGAAGAUUCUCCUCCAAUCUUCGAAUUACCCAAAAUCGAUAUAAUAGCCCAGAAAUUCGCUUUCCAUCAUUCUAUUUAUCAAAUUUUUUUAUCCAUAAAAAGUCCUAAAACUCUAUCUAAAAUAUUUUCAAAAAUGUUAUUCCCAUAGAUUUCCUAAAUUAUAAUCUCCAAAUCUUUUAUAUUUAAAUACUGAUAAAUGCUCUUUUUCUUAUUAUCUCAAAUUUAAUUGAUAUUCUUCUAAUAAUAACAAUCAUCAUCUUUUAUUUCACAGAAUACAAAUCGAUCUCACUCGUUUCCUAUAAAUAUUCAUACAACUUACUUACUUAAUUAUUAAUACACGCUUAACGUCCAAUACCACAUUUCCUGCACGGGUAUCCGUCCUGCUUCUGGGUUUCCCCGCUCCACCAAAAUGUCGUGCACCACCUGGCUUCAAGGCUGAAUGGUCCCAUCGGCUUCAGCGUUCGGAUUUCGACGGCCGUCCUUCCGGCUCUCUGGCAAAACCAACUUGGGUCCGUCAGGCACCCUAAAGGUCCCAGUCUCCACCGCCUGGGGUUGGUGGCAUCCUUCCAGAAAAUUCAAUUUCCCUAAGGGACAGGAGUCCUGCGUCGCGCACCACAGGCACUUGAAGCCCUGUCAUCGCCAGGAUAAAUUCGCUAUGAAAGCCAAACCUCAUAAUCAAAAAAUUGAGGAAGAGAAUUUUCGGUCGGGAGACCAGAAAAUUCGACUGACACCAUUUUUUUUGAUUAUAAAUAUUCAUAAAACAAUUUUAUAUAGAAAAAUCCAUAUAAUAAUUUUAUUUUAUUAAAUAUUUAUCUUAUUUCUCAUAUGAGAUUUUUUGAAACUUCAAUUAAAGAUGAAAAACCCUCAAUCAAGAGAAAGAAAAAACCCAAAUUGUCAAAUACUACCACUAAAUCCUCAACUUCUACUGAUUUAAUCUCUCAAGAGAAAGAUCAAGACCAACUGUCUGAAGUAAGAAGAUCAGCCCGCAUAAAAGAAAUAAGACCAGAAAAAAGACUUAAAUAUACAGACUAUGUGCUCAGCUCUGGAGAAGAAGAUGAAUCUGAACCAGAAAACGAGUCUGAAGAAAUAAUUGAAGCUGGAGAUGGCACAAAAUUCAGAGUGCUUUCAGUUGACAGCACAGAUUUCGUGGAAUGUCUUCACUGCUAUAAAGUUAUUCAAGAAAAGUCUAUACAAGCUCAUUUAAAAUCAAGGGUUCAUACGUCCAAAAAAUAA